AUGGGAGAACCUUUUAAAUUCCUUCCAUACGCGGACAAGAUAAUUCGUGUUUGCAGCGGGACUUUCGGGCGAGAUUUAAUGUCGACACCCCUCUCCUCAGCUCCUGCAAAAGUUAGAGAUGCGGUCACCAUCGUCAUUCCUCGUGGACCGAUUGGUUUUGAAUUCUCAAUUAAGUCGCAGGGUCCUCGCAUCGUAAUUUCAAAAGUUCGCCAAGGUGGGACUGCUGAGCUCGCUGGUCUUAAAUGCGGUAGUAUUUUACAAGCCGUCAAUCAGCAACCAAUUAAUGGACUCUCUUUCCUUCAAGUUUCCAACAUGAUUCGGCGCACUAGUGGCUUUACAGCAGAAAUAUCCGUGAUUGAGCCUGAAGAAGCUGCGACUGUAAACAACGAUGACUCCUUUGUUCCCGGUCCUGCAUCCUCUUCUCGGUACAAUCUUGAUGGGGUCCUAUCAUGUAAUUCACCUUCUAAAUCCUCAGCCGCAAGCGCAAAUCCCUCACACUUCCGCUCUAAGCGUGAAAAUGCUCCUGCAACGAGGGUUGAACUGCUGCAAGGUAGCCGGAGUUCAUCUCCUCUUGAGAUGCAACAACGUAAUGAUGCUUUUGGUCGAGUCAAUGUACCACCAGUACCGUCUGAUCUGCGACUCCAAUUAAGGCAGGAUUAUUCUUUAACAAGCGCUGCGGACGGCUACCUGGUGAGUCCUCGUGGUCUCCGACGUCAAGCUCUUCUCUUCUCGAAAGAUUCCAAUUACGUCACAGAGCCUUCACCUCGUUCUUCUUCCUCCGCAUACGAUAAAAAGGCCUCAGAGGGGACUCACAUGCUCCAUGAAUCUCUUGACAAUAUGAUUUCUGCUUUCGACUCCGCAUUGAAGGUGGUGCAUCGAGAGUCAUCUGCACCACCAGCACCCACUCCACGGCUUGUACGACGUCAGGCUUACCCUUCCUCCUCCUCCGUGACGUCAUUAUCGUCGUCGCCGUUAGUGCGCGACAGGAGCAUCAGGACAACGCCGGGGGCAAGCGAUGGACCCCGUUUCCUCCCCGCACACCUCUCUUUCACCGUCCCGCACGUGACCCCUCCCCAACCCACCUUUUUGCCCAAGCUCUCCGUUCGACGUAAAAUCUCCUCCCCUCUUCUUCAGACCGAAAAAAGCAGCGGUUUCCGUGAACCACGUUUCACAAACUUAUCAGCUUACAUGGAUGAGUUAACAGUUCCCUCUGCCCAAGACCACGGGGAUUUUGGAAACACUGCCUCUGAUAAAUGCAGCUUAUUAGGACGAAAUGAAAUUUCCUCUUCCCUUCGCCACCUUCCUUUGCUGGCUAACACCACACUUACACUCUCUGAUACCGAUCAAACACGACGCAACGAUGACCUACCUUCGGCUAAAAAUGCAGAUGAUUUACGCACUGCUGAAGCCAGUCGACAAUCUCGCUAUCGGCUCCUGAAGGGGUUUGCUCAUGGUGAAGCUCUAAACACCGAACCGAGUUUCUACAAGUCGGAGCAGUGUCUUUGCAAAGUCGCAAAAAUUGACGGAAGGGCAUUAACUCCUGCCAUAUGGAGACGGUUCUACAUCUACAUUGGAAAUGGUUUUGUUCUAUUCAUAUUGGCUUCUAACGACUGCCACAGCUUCAAAAAGAGUACCCCUGUUCGGUUUUGCCACGACGACUCUUCACUGGCAAAUGUUGUGGAUCCCUUCACUCCAGACGGUGUCUCAUCCAGUCGUAUUGUGCUUCCGUUACAUGGUCUUCAGUGGUCUAACCUUCGUCAUCUCCCUUCCGAUUUGCCCACUUGGGGCUCUUCGUCCUCAUCAGCCUAUAGACUUCAUUGUUCGCCUUCAGAGAUGUUUGAGUCCGAGGCAAAUGCCGUUGACGAUCUUCAGUGUUACUUAUUCGAGCACGAGGACAAUGGAGGAACGCAAAUCACUGCCAUAUUCUCCAACAGACAGGCAGCCGCUUCGGCACUCAGCUUGUGCCAGCGGUAUGGUGGAGUGUGUAAAGAGAAUAAUCCACCAGAUUCAUCAGGCCUCUCCUACUCCCUUUCACUGCAUACCGGGUUAGCUGUAUAUCAUCCCUCUCCUAAUGGUGGUGGCGGUAGUGGCACUCUUCGCCGCACUCGAAAAAGCCUUCCAGACUCAGCUAUGCGUCGAAGAUUUGCUGCUGAAUGCAGCCAUCAAGAAGGGAAACUUGCUAGAGGCAAACUGAAUGAGGGAGCUUCGUGCGGUAGAGAGGAUCCUACUUUCAUAACGACAGCGGAGCGUUUGGUUGACACGAAUGAUACAGUUGGGGUGGAUGGAACAUCGCGAUUCCGCUUCCUUUCCUCCGCUGCUGCUCCCUUCUUCAAGGGCAUCGCAAAUGCUCUUAGCAACUCUCGGGCAGCUCCCACGCUCACCACCCCUGCCCCUCCUCCGCCCCCCUCUAAUCCGGAGGAACUGGCUCGUCGAAUUGCUGCGAUCAUUGGCGAGCCACCGGAUUUCUCCGACCUCAACAACCCCGGUCCUGUUUUUGGUGCUCCCCUCGAGAACCAAACCCCUAGCCCCGAUUAUCCCGGAGUUCCCCUUAUCCUACACACUAUGGUGAUUGCACUUGAACUUCAUGGUUUGCACCACGUCGGGCUGUAUCGCGCUCCAGGAAGGCAGAAGGAAAUAAAUCGAUUUGUUUGCCUCGCCAAUUUGACAUCCCUUGAUCCCAACGCAAUGCUUCACCUCGAUACUUGGAGAGAUAUUCGAGCUUUGACUGGUGUGAUCAAGACUUUCUUCCGCCGCCUUCCUGAACCCAUUUUUGAUCCAGUCUCGUGGGGACCACUGGCCUCUAUUGUUCCAGAGAGUUCCGUAGGAUGCACCAAGACUUCGCUGGCUUAUGCACUACUAGCUAUUCUUGCCAAACUCAAUAAGAUCCGAACAAUAUCUGGUCCACUGACUUCAUUGGACACCUCUAAUAGAGUAAAUAAUAUAAAUUAUGAAAAGUCGAUGCCCUCCUGGCGUUUUGCUACGCUGGAUUUCCUUUUUGGCCAUCUUCGUCGUUUGGCGGCUUUGGAAGAAGCUAAUCAGUGCUCUUUUGAAUGCAUCGCCAUCUGCUUCGGGCCCUCUCUCUUCCGAGGAGACUCCUCUCUUCAACCCAAGUUCAACAAGAUCCUCGAGGUCAUGCUACAGCACUGGCCAUGGCUAGUGGCGGGUUUUUUGGAGACCACUGCCGACCACGAUAAUAUGGAUCACAAUUCUUCAUCCCAUCAUCCCACCCUGGCACAAACAGAAACUUAUGUGCAGCAUUUUUUCGUCAACGGCGUCAACUUCAGUGAGGAGUCUUACUUCCAUUUCCGCCCUUUGGAAACCGCCAAAAGGGCGGCAUAUUUUUCAAACGACUUAGCGGAAGACGUUCUUACUGCGGUUGAGGAUAUUUUCGUACGAGCCGGUCUCUCUGUGGGGUCUAUUUCUAGGAGUGAGUCCCUCAAGAGCAUCAACAGAACUUCUGAUGAGGACGGGAGCCUUUUGGACGUAAUAAUGCGGUCUCUUUCUGCCUCUUCGGAUCUCGAUAGUCAGAAGUUACACAGGAAUGAGUUGUUAUGCAGCGAGCUGGGUGUUCCCGGUGAAGGUAGAAAACAUCAACCAACGUCUCUACGGGUUCCAGAAUCGCACUUAUAA